CCUUCACCCCUGUUUGGAGGCGAGAGCAGCAGUGAGUGUGUGGUAUAAAAGACAGCAGGAGUGAGUGGUCUGGCAGUCUAUAUAAAGACAGCAGCAGCAGCAGUGGAGCUCCUCGAACCUCUGCACAGAGUCACUGCUCUCUCUCAGGCUGCAGGAUGCAGGUCUUCACUCUACUCUGUGCUCUCUGCCUCCUGCUCAAAGAGGCUCAGGCAUGGGGCUUCAAAAACGGAAUAUUUCACAACUCCAUAUGGCUGGGUAAGAAACUUUUUACCAUAUGUAAAUUGAUGUGUCUUACUGUUGUUCGACAGUGAAUUAUAUCACCGAAACACUUUUUGAGAUGCUCAUUUGCAUUAUAAACUUAGUGUCCCAUUGUUUAAGUUUCCUUUACUCAUAAAAUUGUUUUAUUGUGAAGUUCAUUCCAAUCAUUUGACUGCAGUUACAGAAUUAUCUAGAUUAUUGACAAGUAAUUGAUCAACUUUUGAAGGCACAGAGUGUAAAAUUGGAAUAUUUCGCAAUAUCUACUGACCAAAUUUUAUAUCGAAACCACAACUGAGUCAAAACACUUUGUUUCAAGUACAUGUAAUGUUUUAUAUCCAUUUAAAUAGGAGUACUACCUGGAAAAUGUGUAGGUAUCAUGUAAAAGUACCAGUUGUGCAAUAUGAUCAUGUUGCUGCACAAUAGGUGAAUUGUGCAAAUGAAAAAUAAUGACUGUUUCAUAAGAAAGGUCUCGCAGGGAAAGGCGAUGAUGGCCCUUUGACAAAGAAGCUGCUGUGAUGCAUGAUCAGAAUGAUCCUCCAUUCGUCCCUCAACAUUUUACCAUCAAAUUCUUUUGCACACAGCAGCAAACACCCUUUUCUUCUUCCAUCUGGUGAAUUUUGUGGCGCCACUCACCAAACACAAAUACCCAUUUGUUACUAGUUUGUCCAUUAUGUGCUACUGUAGGAACUUGGUGGUGCAAGAGGGCAGCCUCCAUGACCCUUUGACCAGCUCUUAUGAAAGACUUAUUCAAAGUCAACAUAAGCAAAAUGAUUUUCACUCUAAACAUCCUCAUAUACAUUAUAUCAUAUUUCUUCCAAGUCUCUGCUAAAUACUACCGAAUACUACACACCAAGCUUUUUCAGUGUAAACUUAAUACAGCUUUAAGGUCAUCAGAUUUUCACCUCAUGAUAUACAAUGACAAUACACUUGUGAUAUUUAUGGAAAUUUAAAUAUAUGUUUUAAUGCAAUCAGAUUUAUCAUUUAUACACAUCACCCGCCAUGUGAAAGAAACUUCUCAGGAGAGGAUAUUGCCCAUUAAAAUGAUUGCUUCAUACGCUUUUAUUUUGAAAUUUUGGGGUUGCUUUAUUUCCAGCAUUGUCAUUAUUACCACCACCACCAUCAUCAUCAUCCUCAUCAUUAUUUUAUUAUUUUUGUCGGUAUAUUGUGACAGCCCUGAGUCAUAUGUUUAGUUAAGUCAUGUGUUAAGUAGUAGAACAGAUCACGUUAACUUUAUAGAGCUCUUUGAAAAAUAAAGGCAAAAAUGCUGCAGAUACAGCGAAGACAGCGAAAAUCAACACAAUUAAAUGAAGAAAAUUAGUAUUAACCCAAAUACAGCGAAUUGUGAAUCCAGCCUCAAAACAUGAACCCUCACACACAGGCGUGUUUUGAGUAGUAACAGGAUUAACAGCAUCUCUUCACAGCAGCAGCUCUCUCCUGUGCCAAACUGCAUGUUUAUGACCUGACUGAAAUCCGCAUUAAGCUGGUAAACAGGAAGAGUUUGACUUCAUCUCAGAAAAUGCUAAAACAAAAGCAACUCCAGUUACUUUUUCUCAAACUUUAGGGACUAAAUUGCAGUUGCCUCAACUUUACAUUAACAGUUAAGAUUACAAUCAAGUAGCUGACUUUCCUCCACACACCUUUCUUUCUGAUUUUAUUGUUUAAUAAGGGAUCAUAAUGUUCUUGACCUGCGUGAAUGCACAUACAAGAGACACAGUAGCCUACUUACGAUUCACAGCUGAGAGGGCUAAAAGGCAGUCAGUGGUGAUGAACUCGAGAGUUUAAUAAGCAUCAGAAACAUUUGUAGAAGAGGUUUAAUAUGAUCAAAGUUCUCUUGAAGUGAGUUUUUGAGCUCUUUCUGCCUAGUUUGGACUCAUGCAUGCACAAAGCCAAAACAGGAUCAGCAGAGGACUCCCUGCUGAGGUGGUGGGGUGACUCAAAUGUUGGGAAACUUCCAAAAAAACUCAGAAACAAAUCCCACAGUUGGUCUUUCUAGUUUUUGUUACCCUCUCAACAAAAACAUGCUGGGCUGGUGUCUCUGAGAUGUUUUUAAAAAGUAGUUUGUUUUUCAGUCUCUGAUUGAAGUCGCUGUGGUUACAGCACAGAAACCCAUGCAGACAGUUGUUUCUUUGUGCUUCUGAGCAGAAGCAGUAAGUAGCUGGUUUUUUGUUUCUCUCUCGGACAGAACAAGCAGCUGGAGUUUACCACCGGGAAUCACGCAAAGGGAGAUACCAGCUGACGUAUAAAGAGGCCAAAGCUGUCUGCAAGUACGAGGGAGGCUCCCUGGCCACGUACCAACAACUGGAGGCCGCCCGGCAAAUAGGUCUAUACACAAACACACACACACACAUGCACACAGGUGGCUGAACUCACCAAGCGUGACUUUUCUGAUGAGUCCAACAUGGGGGUUUGACCCAUUCUGGGAAUAGUUUGGACUUUUUUUUUUUUUAAGAAAGACUGGAAAUUUUCUCUUCAUACUUUUUUUAUCAAUGACCCAAUUCCAAUAAUUUCAAAUGCAAUAGGUUAUUAUGCAAUCUGAUCAGAAAUGAUGCACAAAACAAUGCAAGGUUAUGUGAUGUCAUACAUUAUGAUCUUAUUCAUUGUGGUGCAGUGCGAUACAAUGAGAUGCCACACAACACACUUUGACAGGAUACAUAUGUUUAGGUACGAUUCAAUAGGAUAUGAUAAGUUACUGAACAAUCUGGUCAGGUCAAAUCUGAUACGUUACCAUAAGUUACUGUAUGUUGUGUUACUUUUUAAAAUGUUAUUUUUAAAAUGAUAUAAUAUGUUGUUAUAACCUGAUAUGUUCCAGUACAUGAUGAUAAAACCUGUGCAGUAUACAAUAGGCUAUACAUUGCAUUUCCGUGCAAUAUGAUAUAGUAUGUUACAAUAUAUGAUGGGAUAGGAUCCAAAAUUACUAUAUAUGAUGUUGCAACCUUAUUUUUUAUAUGAUAUGUUUUGAUUUGAUUUGAUAAUGUGACACUCAAUAAUAGAUUGAGAUUAGAUUCUUUAUGAUACGGUGCAAUACAGUAACAUCAAUACUAUGUAAUCUGAUUGUGUAGGAUACAAUAUGACAUGUCAUGGUACAUGACAAUUCAAUGCAAUAUGACACAAUAAUAUUUUAUGAUAUAAUAUGAUAGUAUGUGAUCUACAAGAUACAAUAUGUUAAAAAUAGAAACCUGAUGUGUUCUUUUAUGUCACUAUACCAUUCAAGUUGAUACAAUACGAUAGGAUACGAUACAAUACGACACGAUACGAUAGGAUACGAUACAAUACGAUACGAUACAAUACAGUAUGAUACAAUACGAUAUGAUACAAUACGAUAUGAUACGAUACGAUACAAAACAAUAUGAUACAUUAUGAUCUAUUGACAUAGGAAUAUGACACGACAAUACAGGAUACAAUAAGAUUCCAUAUAACAAGAUACAACCCAACGAAACAGGUAUGAAAUGAUACAAUAUGAUGCAUUAUGAUACAAUAGAAUUGGACAUAUUACCAAGGAAAUUAUUGCUAUUUUGUUUUUUGGUCUUUUUCAAGUUUUCAUGGCCACAAACUGCUGAUCUUUCACUGAGAGCUGCAUGACAGGUAUACAGGCGUUGAAUGGCAAAGACUAGGAAUGUCUGCUUCAGCAAUGAUAAUGUUUAAAACAAAACCUGCUUUGAAAUAGAAGAAUGUGGUAGGUGGAACUUUUUAAGGGCCCUGUACAUUUUAUUCUAUACCUUUACCAUAUUCUGUACGAAACUAUUCAUUCAGUGUUUACCCUUCCUGUUUCCCAUGAAACACAUUCAAAAUCCAAAUCCCACAGUGGAACUGUUGCCUGAUGUAAUCGUGUUCAUACAGCUCAUAACUCACUGGAAUGCUCUUUAACAUGUACCAGAAGAGGUUCACAUGUUCUCAGGGUAAAGGUCACUGCAAAUAAGUGUGUGAAACACUUCUUUCCAUGCUGCAGAGUGACUCUUUGCCAAAUUUUAAAGUUCCUCUGGAGUGCAGUAAAAGCCUGUUAACACCUUCUUGGGUGGGUGGUAUCACCGUUGCUCUUGCACAGACAGAAUACAGCCACUCACCCUCGUAUCCACAGCUGACUUUCCCCCACAGACGUCCACCUAGGAGGUCCUAUUCCUGUCGAGGUCUGCAGAUUGUUACUGAGCUAAACUCUCAGGCCCCUGAUUGAACAAAUAAGAACAUAACAAACAAAUACAAACACUAAGACCUGGCCUGAUGCAGCUGUCAGCCUGUCCUGUUGGCAGAGUGAAAUAAAAGACUCUUUGUGGUCGUCAGGACCCAGAGGCCUAAAUCAGUGAAUUGUGAAAUAAAACCAACAUUUUUCUGCUCUUGUUCAGGUUUCCAUGUGUGUGCAGCUGGAUGGUUCGACAGAGGACGUGUUGGUUACCCCAUCGUCAAAGCCGGCGCCAACUGUGGUUUUGGGAAGAUCGGCAUCAUCGACUACGGAUACAGGCUGAACAAAAGUGAGAAAUGGGACGUGUACUGCUACAACCCACACUGUGAGUACUGAUCAUACGUACAGGUACAAUGAUGACAGUUAUGUACAGAGGUGCCAUGCAUACACAUUUAUUCAGAGGCUGCAGAGAGACAUGAUUUUAUUUUUUAAGAUUGUGGCUACUUUAAGUUUUGCAAAAGGUUUGAAAACUGUUACUACGGAGGACAUGACCACUUCCCGCACUUGAAAUAGUCUGAGCUCUCUUGCUACCUGCUUACAUUUCUACAAAAGCAUUUUGGCAAACAAGACUUAACACUUGACAAGUUUCGUGUGUUUGGCUCACGAUAUCUGCUACUUUGAUUGUUGCUAGUGUAGAUGGAGAAUCUUAGAUGCACUGUCUGUUUCCCCAUGUUGGUUGAUCCAAAUUGCAUGUUUGUUGUGCUUCUCUGAAAUCAAAUGGGUCUUCAGCCCACUGUGAUCAGUCCUGAUUUGUUCAUAUAGCCACUUAAAAAUGUUGAGGUUGCAAGAGUAUUCAUAAAACUAUCCUCAAGUUAAACGUCUGAAUGACUUCAGAUGUUUUGCGUAGUUUUAAGAGUAAGUGAUGACUGUGUUUUUGUGGUAAAGUGUAAAGCGUCAUGAGUCCCAGUGGGGAAGACCCAGACCUACGGGUUAAGUGCUGUCAUCAGGUCUGAGCCUCCACAGACGCUCUGACUUCUGGUUCAAGUCACACGUGAGAAUGAAACAGAACUGAACCAUCACAGGGAGACUCAGAGCCACAAUCUGAGCCCCUCCCUGUGACUUAUCAAAGUCAGACCAAGAAUAACCUGCAGGAAGAGACAGCAUCAGUCUGGAUAAGAUUUCGCUGAGUAAAUGGAGGCGCUGAGUAAGAGACACCAAAAAGGGGAACCAGUUUCAAAACCGCUGGACUCAGAAUGAUUCAACAAAGUCACAACGAAAAAGUCAACCGUGAAGCUCUUAGGAUGUCAGCAUUCAUUUACAGUAAAAAGUAUGAACAAACAGCACUUUUAGAGUGAUAAGAAAACAUUUAAAAGCUCUAAACAGCCGGACAAAUUUGUUGCCUUUAAACCAACAGUUAGAUAUUUAUCAAAUCUUGCCACUUUGUUGAGUUAAAAUAGAAAAGUUUUGCAACAAAAAAGGAGGCAGAGAAUUAGAUGUAAUGAGUGAAAUUUAGAGUGAAAAAUAGAAACUUCAGAUGUAAGGUUAAGAUUUCUGAUGAGCAUACUAAAAACAGUAUUUUACCACUACUCACGAGCUAAAAUGUGUUAUUCUCAUGAAUAAAACAAUCUCAUAAACCUAAAAUAAGUAGAAUUUGUCCAUUUGUGACCACAGUUGAUAAAGAGUUUAGAUGCAGGAGAUCAUGAUGACCUGUGUGGUGAAGGUGAUUCAGUUCAGUCUCUGUACAAUAGACUGCCUUGCACCACAGUAGAAAGAGUCAUCGGUGAAAGGGAAGUGAAGUGAGGACGGUAAAGGAGGCAGAAGUUAAGGAAUUUUAAACCUGCAGAAACACUCAGUUUCGUUGAAUCACUUUAAACAAACACCUUUUGCUCUACAAAGUUUCUUCAUUUCAUUCUGCAAUCUAGGGAUUAAACUACACUAUUUAAAGAGUAAAAAGUCUGCAUUCCAGUGUCUGUUUCUCUUGAGUCUACUCAUGGUUGUUGAAGUUAUAAGGCUGAGACUAAAUAAGUAAAAGAAAACUGAAAAACAACAGUGCAUUUCAUUUUCUGAACAACCCUAAAAUCCAAAAGAAUCACAAUCUGUUCACCAAAGUCCGUCUUUAAAGUCCGGGGUAAGAUGUUUCAGCUUUGCCCCAGUUAUGAAUGUGAGCUCAAUUUUUUAAUGAAGUACAAAUGAGAUGUUUAGUUUCUUUUCCCUCCAGGAUGUCGGAGGAGAAAGCUUUUGAUGCCUUUGUCUCAACAUGUGUGUUUGAUUCCCUUCAUUUCAGCUAAAGGUUUUCUGCCUCCUGUACUGAAUUCAUUGAAGGCUCACACGCAAAGGGCAGACCCCCUGAAAUAAACUGUUUCGCAUGAACAGAUGCAAAAUUCAACCAGCUGCUGGAGGUCGACAUUUUCACACGAGUGGACAGAUACUUUUUUUUACUGUAGUGGAAUAAAACAUAUCCCUAUUUCCAUCAGACUUUAUGUAUAAAUCGUAAAGUCAUAAUGUGUUCAGUGUGGUGUAGCACUCCCGUGACUGGCCACAUGGAAAGUAAAAAUGAAGCCAAGUUUAUUGUAUUUUUAACCCCAUAAGACCCAAGUUUAAAAUUUUCAUUAUCAUCUUUAUAGCAAGUUUCUGUCUUCAUGCAAAGCUAAUGGGCUCUGAGGUUCAUCCUAACAAUGUUUUUGCAGAGGUUUACAUAAGUUAGAAACUUUUCUUCAAUCUAUCUCCCAGAUUCGAUAGAUUGGAAAAAAAACUUAUGCCUCCUUUUUUUUUUUUUUUUGAUUUUCUGUGACCCUGUAUAAAGGUCUAUCAGGCUUUGACCCUAUAUUUAUUUAUCCAGACUAUGAGACUCAUUGUGUGCUUGAAGAAAUGACAAAAUUUCAUAAACCUGUAAGGCCACACCAAUCUUGUUCACAUAUAUGCCCUCCAUUUUAAUUUUCCAGUGUUUUUUGCCCAAUUGUGGUACAAAAAAAGAGACUAAUUUUGUAAAGGUAAUGGGGGAGGAGUGCAAAAAUUAUCAUGUUGUACUCUUUUUCACCACUUGAUGGCAGCAUAUAAAGAAAAACAUGGACAUACAACUCUGUAUCUUAUUUUGCUGUACACAAAUACAGCUGUCAAUGAGCAAAAAUAAGAUAUUAAAAUUAGAGACAUGUCUUGCAGUUUGAAUGACAUGCUUGUUUGUUUCGCUCCUCAUUUGUGAAUGGCAAAAUAGGACUGUUUGAAACUAUAUUUGCAGUAUACUUAAAAAAAUGCUAGAAAUGUCUCUGAUAUGAUCCCUGUCCCAACUAUUCAUAAAGUAACUUCAACUCAGCAUCAAAAUUUCCACUAAUAGAGUUUUAAUCCUGAAUUAUGUCUCUGGUGUUUUAAAGCGAAAGAGUGUGGUGGCACCCUGACGGACCAGAGGAAGAUCAUUCAGUCCCCGGGUUUUCCUGAAGAGUAUCAGGACGAGCAGAUCUGUUACUGGCACAUCAGAGUCCGUCUGGGUCAGAGGAUCCGUUUGCACUUCCUGGAGUUUGAUGUGGAGGACGACACGGCGUGUCUGGCAGAUUACCUGGAGGUGUACGACAGUUAUGAUGAUGUCUCAGGAUUCGCCGGGAGGUGAGACUUUAAAAUACCAGAUUUUAAAACUUUGAGGAGGUGAAAUAUAGUUUUCAUCAAUCUAAUAUGGGUAAAUUAUUACCAGGCAUGAAAUUAGCUGAUGGGAAACUCCUCUGAACACAACAUGGUCUGUAUAUGUGUGAUAAGACCAUUGAUCACAUAGUUGGAACAAAUGUCACAGAGAUAAUCAAGAACAAAGUCUUUAUUUAAGACGCAUACAUCAUAAAAUUACUCAAUUAUUAAAUAUUCACCACAAUCUGUUUACUCCUAAGUAAGAAUGGAGAACACAUGAUUUAUCCCAAACUGGGGGUAAGUAAAAAAAUAUUUUUUUUUUGAAGGUUUUUCUGUUGAUGAAGAACCAAAUAGUAAUUUGAUGCUUGAUUUUAACUCUUUUAUGGAUGAUUAUAAGAUAAUAAUAAAAAGGAUGUUCCUAAUUUCCAUUCAUUAUAAUCAAAAUAUAUAUACCCUUGAAAAACAACUAUUCAAAUUCAUAUAUGCUUAUUAUAAUUCGCUGAUUCUACAAAAUUGUGUUUCAGUUUAUCUUGGAUUAUAUACUGAAAAGACAAAACAUUUCCAAAGUUUGCAUAUUUAAUUUACCUGAUGUGCUUUAUCUAUAGACCCUUAAUGUUGAAGUAGUAAAUCUAUUGAAAUUAGCUUUUAAAGUUUAACACAAAUUUCACAUUUUAACUCUUUCUUUACAGAUUCUGUGGUGAUGAAUUACCGGACGAUAUCAUCAGUACAGGUGAGACGUCCUCGUUGAUCAUUAUAAGAAACCUGAAAUGUCUCUUGUUGGUGUGUCAUCUGUCUGCACGUGGAUAUAUCAUUGCUGCAACGGUUAAAUUUGUGUCUGCUGUUUGGUUUCCUAGGAAACGUGAUGACGCUGAAGUUCCUCUCUGACGCUUCAGUCACAGCCGGAGGUUUUCAGCUUCAGUACAUCGCCACUAAUGCGUCUCAGUUUCUACCCAGUUACACCCACACUCUACACUGACCCCGAGUUUAACACACUGAUUCAAUCCUGUUGCUGUAUGAGUGAUGUCAUUGGUCACCUCCUCAAGUGUUUUUAAUAAAUCUUUAUAAUUUAGGCUUUAACAAAGUGUCAUUAUGUCGUGUUGAAUUUUCUGCUGCUGUUACAGUCAAAGUGAAUAAAGAUAUUUGUAUUAACCCA